UCCACGGACGCCACUCAGGCAUUGCGUUAAAUCCACGCGCAGACGUGGGAGCACGUGGCUUUUCCGACCACCUCCACGGUCACACCGCUGCCUCCCGUGCGUGGAUUCCGUCACUUUCUGAGCUGCUUGGGCUGCUGUGGUACCCGCGCCACGGGAGAGCCGAGCCGAGCCGAGCCGAGCCGGACCGGGAUACGCCCACACCUCAGCAUCGCUGCCAACUCCCAGAUAAAUAAGUGGAGGUUCGUCCUCCGCACAGUGAGGAAAGUUCGGUCCCGAGCUCUGAGGUGCAGCAGCGACGCUACCUGCCGCAGGAGUUUUGCGCAUGGAGCUUUGACUUGCGGUUCUGCGCAGUCUGCAGGCGGAUAUUUUGGACCCGGGUGCUGUGGCGGUCAGUGGGCGCUGAGGCGAUGCUGUGGAUGCGACUUUGAAACAAGAGCUUCACGAGUGUAGAUCCCGGUAAAGCACAAUGAAAGACUACUUCACCGAUGAGGAGGAAGUUCAGUCCUUUGGAUAUAAGAGGUUUGGAAUCCAGGAGGGCGCCGAGUGCACAAAGUGUAAAAAAGACUGGGCGCUGAGAGCAGCCAUCGGCCUUCUCUACGUGCUGUGUGCCCUGCUCACCAUCGCGGUGGCCGUCCUCGGAUACAAAGUGGUCCAGAGAAUGGACAGCGUCUCCGAGGGAAUACAGGACUAUGGAGGCAAGAUCAACGCUGUGGAAACAGAUUUAAAGAAACUAAAUGGAGAGGCGGGAGAGAAAUCUGACAAUGCCAUGAGUGAAAUCAAGACUUUCAAGUCGGAUCUGGAAACUUUGCAGAACCAAGUGAACGACAUUGUCCUCCGAGCAAAUAGAAACAAGAAUCUGCUAGAUGAGCUUCAGAUCACAGGAGGCGACGUGCACAACCAGCAUGUGUCCCUGCGCAGCUUUCUAGAGGGCAACGCCGCCUCGCUGCGCGGGCUCAACCGGACCCUGACCUCCUACAGCGGCUUCAUUAACAAUCUGCAGACAGACACUGCACGGCUCCAGUCAGACAUUCAGGGUCAGGUCAAAGUGUUGAGUGACACCCAGCUUAGUGUCGACACUCUAAACAUCUCCCAGUCUCAGCAACGCAACCUGCUCAGCACGCUGCAGAAGACGGUGGAGGAGACCAGCCAGGCCGUGCAAAGCCUGAGGAACGACUAUCAGACCCUGCAGCAGACGGCCAGACAGGCCCAGGCCGAUACAGAGUGGCUAAAGGAAAAAGUCCAGAGCCUUCAGGUGUUGGCAGCCAACAACUCAGCUCUGGCCCGGUCCAACGGCGAGGCGCUGGAUGACCUGGGGGCUCAGCUCAGCACGCUGGCCAGUCAGAUCCAGAACACCUCCGCCGUCAGUGAGGGCCACGACCAAAGACUACGCGAGAUCAUGGACCACCAGAGGGACCACGACAACGUCACCGCCGCUAAGUUCGACGAGAUGGAAAUGCAAUUAGACAGACAUGAAAGCAACAUGGAUCUCCUGACAGGAAACAUCAGCUUCUCUGCACAGCUCCUAGGGGCCAUCAGCACCGACGUGAAUGGUCUGAGGUCCUGCGCUGAGACGGUGAUACGGCAUUCAGACCUGUUACUGGGGCUCAACAGCAGCGUCACAGAAGCCAGCGCAGACAGCAAAGACCUGCGCACACAGCAUGUGGAGCUGGCAGCCAGGCUGGACCGCGAAGUCAACAACCUGUCCAUGGUGAUGGAGGAGAUGAAGCUGGUGGACAGCAAGCACUCCCAGCUCAUCACCAACUUCACCAUCCUGCAAGGUCCACCAGGUCCAAGGGGACCCAAAGGAGAAAGGGGAGUCCCGGGGAUGCCAGGCCAGUUAGGACAGAGGGGUGAUAAAGGAGACCAUGGGGUUCCAGGAUUCCCGGGGCCCAAGGGAGACAAAGGUCCUACUGGUUUACCAGGUGUGGAAGGUGCACAGGGUCCACCUGGGGCUCGGGGUGUUCCAGGAGCUAAAGGAUCGAGAGGGUCUGGAGGUCGACCUGGAAGCACUGGCGAGAAAGGUGACCGUGGGUCAAUAGGUCUAAUGGGCCUAACUGGACUACAAGGAGUACCAGGACUACAGGGACCAGUGGGGCCCAGAGGCUCAGCUGGACCACAAGGCCCACAAGGACCUGUUGGACCUGUAGGCCCGCCUGGUCCUAUGGGCCCACCUGGGUUACCCCCACCAACGAUCAUUUUGAAUCCUCCUCAGCCCACUCAGGUCCCUGAAAGGCCAACACCGGCCCAACCUCCUAAACCAGUUGCAGAACCAGGUUCUGUGUCCCAGCAGGUGCAGCUUUCUGUUGCUGCCACGCCUGUGCCUGGUUGCCCACCUGGGUUCAGGAAGUUUGGAGACCACUGCUACCUCUUCUCCUCUGGUUCUCAGAGGCUCAACUUUGAUGAAGCCCACCAGUUUUGUGUUAACAUGUCUUCUCAUAUGCUCUUCAUCAAUGACAAUGAGGAACAGCAAUUUGUGAGAACUGCAAUUGCUGGAAAAGGCUAUUUCUGGCUGGGUCUUACCGACCGGGAGGAGGAGAACGUCUGGAAGUGGCUGGAUGGAACUGAACCCGUUUUCAAAAAGUGGAAACCUGGCCAACCUGACAACUGGACCCAUGGCCACGAGGCGGGAGAGGACUGUGCUGGACUCAUCCAUAAUGCCAACUGGAAUGAUUUCUACUGCACGGACCGCAUUGGUUUCAUCUGUGAACGCGUCUCUGACUACAAUAGGGGACGGCACAAAUCUGUUGUUGUCAGUGCACCAGCAAUGCCUCUGUUCACCACCAACCCAUUUGACCAAGAUGUUGAGAAAGCAACCAGUGAGAUGAACACAGCUGAGGACUGGGGCCUCAUUCUGGACAUAUGUGAUAAGAUAGGGCAGUCACGCACUGGGCCCAAAGAAUGUCUCCGAUCUAUUAUGAGGAGGGUGAACCACAAGGAUCCCCAUGUGGCCAUGCAGGCACUGACUCUUCUUGGUGCUUGCGUCUCAAACUGUGGAAAGAUAUUUCACUUGGAGGUGUGCUCCAGGGAGUUUGCCAGUGAAGUCAGUAAUGUUUUAAACAAGGGUCACCCCAAAGUGUGUGAGAAGCUGAAAGCCCUGAUGGUGGAGUGGGCAGAGGACUUCCGAAAUGAUCCUCAACUCAGUUUGAUCUCAGCAAUGAUCAAGAAUCUACGUGAGCAGGGCGUCACUUUCCCCGCUGUGGGUUCCCAGGCUGCGGAGCAAGCCAAAGCAAGUCCUGCAUUAGUGGCCAAGGAUCCCUCCACUUCCAACAAAAAAGAGGAGGAGGACUUGGCCAAAGCUAUUGAGCUGUCCCUGAAGGAGCAACGUCAGCAGCCGCAGGCCUCCUUGUCGAGCCUGUACCCGAACACCUCCAGCCUGCUGUCCUCACACAAGUCAGACGGCAGGAAGGUUCGCGCCAUUUAUGACUUCGAAGCUGCUGAGGACAAUGAGCUCACGUUCAAGUCGGGUGAAAUCAUCACUAUCCUGGACGACAGUGACCCCAACUGGUGGAAAGGGGAAACAUACCAGGGAGUGGGGCUGUUUCCCUCUAACUUCGUCACUGCUGAUCUUACUGCAGAGCCUGAGAUGAUGAAAACGGAGAAGAAGACUGUACAGUUUAGUGAGGACAUCCAGGUGGAGACCAUCGAGCCUGAACAGGAGCCGGUGUACAUAGACGAGGACAAAAUGGACCAGCUACUGCAGAUGAUUCAGAGUGCAGAUCCCACAGACAACCAGUCAGACAGCGUCGAGCUGCUGCAGCUGGAAGGUGCCUGCAAUCAAAUGGGACCCCUCAUUGACCAGAAGCUGGAGGAUAUAGACAGGAAGCACUCAGAGUUGUCAGAGCUCAACGUGAAGGUGAUGGAAGCGCUGUCUUUGUACGCCAAGUUAAUGAACGAGGACCCAGUCUACGCCAUGUAUGCCAAACUGCAGAGCCAGCAGUACUACAUGCAGCAGCCGGCCAAUGCAGCACAACAGGUGUACCCUGGGCAGCCUGCCUCAGGUUCAUAUGCCAUGACCGGGGCGGCAGUGCAGGGUUACUCUGUCCCCAUUGAGCAGCUUCCAGCUGGAGCCCCCAUAGCUGGACAGCCAGCUCCCGGUGAUGUUCAUAUGUACAUGGGACAACCUCCAGUCUACACUGCAGCUCCGGGCGCCUUGGCCUCAGCAGAUGUGCAGUCCUACCAAAACCCAGUCGCCACUGCUGGCCCGGCCCCAAGCACCAACCACGCAGGCAUGACACAGACGCCAAACUACAGCACCCCCUCUGGUCCAAGCAUAGCUCCCUCACCAGACGCCACACAGGUCCACUACUCAGAGAAAGCGCUGCUAUAGGGUCCCCACUGAGUCUCUGUAUCACACACACACACACACACACACACACACACACACACACACACACACUACAGGCCUGAUCAAAUAGUCAUCACAAGAAAAGAUGGAUGAAAAACAUUGAAACAACAUUAGAUUAACCUUGACUUGUGACACAUUUCCUGUUUAAUCAUCAUAUUAAUGCACAGUUGAAACUCUCUGCAGGUUUAGACAUGAGGCUUUGAUUUAAAGAGCUUCCACAAAGUCAAAUUUUAUUCAGUUUUGCAUUUUUCACUCUGGUCCUCCCCAAGUCUUUACGUGAGACGACAACAUGGAAAAGCUUUAAUUCACAAGUGAUUUGUUGUCUGAACUGAUCCCUUCACCUCUGGAUCUAUACAGCCAUUCUUCAUUUCUAGGUACAGGACCAUUAAGAACACUACUAAAAAACUUUGGUAACAAUUUAUUUGGUGAUAUGGAUAAUUUGAUAAUGUUUGGUGACAUUUCCUCCAUUAUGAUGCAACUAUAUCAUUUCAAAUCUAUUUUUAGAAACUCUUGCACACUGUCCUGCUCUGGUUGUCUUGUUGUGUAUGAUUCUACAGCCUGAGACAGUUUGCUGGAGUUUCAGGUCAGGUGUUUUUCUUUAAGGCGCCUGUCACAUGCAGGAAGUAGUUUAUGAUAAAUAUGUUCUUUCAAAUGUCCCCCAGCAUUUCCAGAGGAUGUCCUUAAACAAGGUUCCUAAUUUGGAACCUAUGUUAAAAACACUUUUGAACGACUCUGCACAUGAAGUGUUCUUUAGGUUAAUCAGCUGAACAGUAUUUAGCGUCACAGAUCAGCUCUGAAACAAGUGACUGUAGCCACAACUCACGUUCCUUUAGAACUUUACACAAUACUUUAAAAUACUACAGGCAGGUUCAUGCAUCCAUGUGUUACACCUUACCUCCACUCACACUAAUGAAGUUCAUAACACCACAACGCCACAGCCUACUCACCCACUGGAAGCAGCUGCAGUGAUAAAUAUGUCACAAAAGUCAGGCGCUGACUUACAUUUACUAUUUUUUUUUAUCAGAAAAAGGAUCUUUAGAAGAACUAAAACGUAGUACAGUGUGUGUACAGUAUGUUGUCAACUUUUAGAAGUACUGAAAACUGAAGCCACUUUGUUUUUCUUUCUUUUUUUGGAGAGGAAGUAAAUGAGCAUUUGAAGCGCAUGCACAGGAGUCUGGUGUAUAUACUGUACUGGUAGUGAGGUCGCUUCCUGUGUGGCUCCGUGCAACAACUCCCAGCCUCAAAGGUGAACUCUGCAGCCGCCAUGCUCCACUGUUGGUUAGUGAAAGGUGUAAAAGCCAAAGAGAGAACAUUCACAUUUCAGGAGAAAUCGUCCUGAAGUCCGACGUCUGCAGAGUUCACCGUUCAAAGCAUGAGGAGCUGCACUAAUGGGUGAACUGUGUGAACCCCAGUGUCUUUAAAGCAUCUCUUUAGUCAGUGUUAAAAACAAUUACUUUUUUGGUUUUUGUAGUAUGUUUUAAUUUAUGUUUUGAUUAAUGUUACGCUAUUUUAAAUGAAGAACAAGUACAAGAUGUAUGUAUUCAGAGAAAUAGCCGAAUAUGUGAUAUUCUGCUUCACUUGGUUUGUAUAUUUGAAUCGCUGACCUGCCGACAUGGACGUCUCUGUGUUUGAUACAUGCUUGUUGUACUGUAGGGUCAAAUGAUAAUGUGAAACCAGACCAAACCUCCCCCAAGCUUUUCAAAGCUGUCUAACACUAAGACGAGUUCUCCCUGAGGUGAAAUGAGGCUGCUGCAGUUUGAUACGGAGCAGUGAUCGUUUUUAAACAUCUCUUCAUCUGCAUAAGCUAGAAAACCUCCGUUACAGUCCACAAAUGCCAAACAAUGUUCUCUGUUUGAGCAGCUGCUGUGUAAAACGUCUACAUGUGAAUUUACAAAAGCCUAUUGACAUACAAACAAAACAUCGACUGAAUGAGUUUGUUGCUAAAUGAAGGGAUUGAAUUGAAUCAGGAUUUUUGCAUUGAACCAACUUUAAACUUGUGGCAUUUCAGUUUAUCUGGAGACACGAUUCAAACACUCGCCUUGAAAUGAAACAAGCCACAGCUCAUUCUCCAGAGCUGCGCUUUAGCAUUAAUAUAGUUGGUUUGAAGUGAACAAACCGUUUUGUGCUGCCUUCAACUAAAUGAGUGAAAUGCUGUUAAUCUGUUGGAUCAUAGAGGGUCAGAAACACCAGAGUAGCAGCUGUUCUGGGACCAGGAGCCAGUCGAUCACCACACAUCAUCCCAUGACGUCUCACUGGACGGCAGCCCCGAUGUAACCUUAAUGUACAGGAUUGAGAUGCUGCCUGUUUUUAAGUUUUAAACCAACAUUAUUGUAAAGGUUGUGUCUAAUGGUGUAUCCUGCUGUUUGUAUGUAUUCUUUUAACCAUACUUAUUAAUUAGUAUUUACAAUAAAACCAGGCCAAAUGUACAGAAGAA